UCCCCGCCCCCUCUGGUCGGGCGUUACCCAAUAGCGUCUUGGCUUUCGGGCUAAAGACAUCAAAAGCAGCCAAUUGUUGAAGAGCUCUCCUCUUUAGGGUACAGUCUCUAUUCUGAGGAGCACUUCUCCUGACCAAUGAACAGCCCGCCGGGUGCACUAAAUGCACAAAGCGAAUAGAGUAGCGGCUGGGCUGCCCAAUGAAUAGGCAGGUUUCCGGGUUUGGGGGCGUGGUGGAGGCGGUCGUCAGGGGCGUGGCGGCAGUUGCUUGGGCGGGGCCGGUAGCGGCGGGAGCUGCUCUGGCCAGGGGUUCCGGCUGCACAUCCAUGAGCGCAGCCGGCAGCCGCGGAGCUACAGGAAGCUGACUGGGAGAGAGCUGGGCCGCCGCGGUCAACCACGCACAGCUUUUAGGUUAAUUUGACUAAGAUCUGACCUGACCAACCGAACUCUACAACUCUUCAAGGAAAAGGACCAAGUGACAUAUAGAGCAAGAUGAACGCCAUGCUGGAGACGCCGGAGCUCCCGGCUGUGUUUGAUGGGGUGAAGCUAGCUGCCGUAGCUGCUGUGCUGUACGUGAUUGUGCGCUGUUUGAAUCUGAAGAGCCCCACAGCUCCACCGGACCUCUACUUCCAGGACUCAGGGCUGUCACGCUUUCUACUGAAGUCCUGUCCUCUUUUGACCAAAGAGUACAUUCCACCAUUGAUCUGGGGGAAGAGUGGACACAUCCAGACGGCCUUGUAUGGAAAGAUGGGCAGGGUGAGGUCGCCACACCCCUACGGGCACCGCAAGUUCAUCACCAUGUCUGAUGGAGCCACUUCAACUUUCGAUCUCUUUGAGCCCUUGGCUGAGCACUGUGUUGGAGAUGAUGUCACCAUGGUCAUCUGCCCUGGGAUUGCCAAUCACAGCGAGAAGCAGUACAUCCGAACCUUUGUGGAUUAUGCCCAGAAAAAUGGCUAUAGGUGUGCUGUGCUCAACCACCUGGGCGCCCUGCCUAACAUUGAACUGACCUCGCCUCGCAUGUUCACCUAUGGCUGCACGUGGGAAUUUGGAGCCAUGGUGAACUAUAUCAAGAAGAUGUAUCCCCUGACCCAGCUGGUGGUGGUGGGCUUCAGCCUGGGUGGUAACAUCGUGUGCAAAUACCUGGGGGAAACUCAGGCAAACCAGGAAAAGGUGCUAUGCUGCGUCAGCGUGUGCCAGGGGUACAGCGCCCUGAGGGCCCAGGAAACCUUCAUGCAGUGGGAUCAGUGCCGGCGCUUCUACAACUUCCUCAUGGCUGACAACAUGAAGAAGAUCAUCCUCUCCCACAGGCAAGCUCUUUUUGGGGACCACGUUAAGAAACCCCAGAGCCUGGAGGACACAGACUUGAGCCGGCUCUAUACGGCAACCUCCCUGAUGCAGAUUGAUGACAACGUGAUGAGGAAGUUCCAUGGCUAUAACUCCUUGAAGGAAUACUAUGAGGAGGAAAGCUGCAUGAGGUACCUGCACCGGAUUUAUGUGCCUCUCAUGCUAGUUAACGCAGCUGACGACCCAUUAGUGCAUGAAAGUCUUCUGACCAUUCCGAAAUCUCUCUCAGAAAAACGGGAGAACGUCAUGUUCGUGCUGCCCCUGCAUGGGGGCCACCUAGGCUUCUUCGAGGGCUCUGUGCUGUUCCCCGAGCCCCUGACGUGGAUGGAUAAGCUGGUGGUAGAGUACGCCAAUGCCAUUUGCCAGUGGGAACGGAACAAGUCGCAGUGCUCUGACACGGAGCAAGUGGAGGCCGACCUGGAGUGAGGCCUCGGACUCCUGCGCGCUCCAGCAGCCCUCCUCUGGAACCCGCAUCCCCUCACCCACUAUUUCAGGUCUCCCAUCUCCCUCCAUGACCUGGAUCUGACCUCACCAUCAGCGGGGGGCCCACCCACCAUGCACACGUCUCAAAUAGGUGGCUCUCUCUGGGAGCUCCAGGCUAUUUUUGUGCUUAGUUACUGGUUCCCUGUGUUGCAUCAUUAGCCAUGGUGACAAGUGACAGGUUUUCACCCUCCUGUCCAGUUUCAGCAUCUGAUUGCUUUCGAGCCAGUGACAUCUAGUUUCCCUAUUAAAAAUGUGUCUGAAUAGCA